CAGAACUACAAGUCUCUCCAAGAUAUCAUUGCCAUUCUUGGUAUGGACGAAUUGUCCGAAGAAGACAAGUUGACUGUCGAGCGUGCCCGUAAGAUCCAACGUUUCUUGUCCCAGCCUUUCGCUGUCGCUCAAGUCUUCACUGGUUAUGAGGGUCGUCUCGUUCCCCUCCAGGACACCAUCCGUUCCUUCAAGGAAAUUCUUGAGGGCAAGUACGAUUCCCUCCCCGAAUCUGCUUUCUAUAUGCAAGGUUCUGUUGCCGAUGUCGUCAAGCGCGCUGAGGAGCUUGCCAAGGAGAUGGAGAACCAGUAAACGGAGAAAAAGAGUGUUUGUAAAGAAGUAGUUUUUUCCUAUAAAAAAUAUAAAUGGAAUUCCUUUUUUGGUGGCCGGCGUAUUAGACACUUUUCACCCAAAUAAAUCAGUUAAAAAAAUCACAUUUAGACAAUAUCUACUUGGU